UCAUAAUUCAGUACUCAGUGAGAAGACGGUGUGGAAACUGAUCUGAUAGCUGCGUAUUUUAUUGGUGCUUUGUACUGCAUAUAUUUAAAGCCAGUACAAGGAGGCGUUUAUUAGCUGCUUCCAAUCUUCCAGGAGAUCGGUCUUAUCGCAGUGAAGUGUACAUAAGUUACUGUAAUCACCACUAAUCAAAAUGAAGGCGUUCGCAAAAUGUACGCUACUGCUGAUGGCAGGACUAAUUUUAUGCAGUGCCCAAAUUCCUGAUACGGCCGGUUCGGGCCCUCAUGAAUCCACCACCACUGAAAAGCACCGGAAUACAACCUCAGCAUCAACGACGACUACGACUACUAGUACAUCUACAACAACAACUACUACAACCCCGGCACCAACGACUACGAGUACAGCCAAACCGACCACAACACCGGCACCUACAACUACUGCAGCACCACCAACAACAACUACCGCUGCUCCUUCAACAACACCCGCACCCGCUCCCGGACCUAUGCCAGAGUCCGAAGUAGGUACCUGGGUUUACACCAACGCCACCACCAACAGGACCUGUAUAUUGACGCAAAUGGCACUGCAGCUCAACGUUACCUAUUUGAAUACCACUGGCAACGCAACACACGCGUUGUACAACGUACCGAAAGAUGCCCGAGUUGUCAAUGGAUCCUGUGACUCCGAAUCGCAGUACAUCCUGCUGGCUUGGAAUCCCAUUUCCUUGGCUUCCAGUACACUGAACGUGUCCUUUAGCUUGAAUGUCACCGAACACGAGUUCACCCUUUCCAGGCUGACUUUCAACCUCGUCAUCUUUGGCAGCUCGUUCCCGAACGCUAAAGAUAACCAAACGAUCACCCUGGUCAACGAACAGCCAAUGUUCAAGACACCGAUGGAUAUGUCCUACCAUUGCAACCGUGCCCAAAAACUUAACCUCACUUCGGUUGACCCGGCGGGAUUAAACUCGACGGUCACCGUGUCGAAGCUGCAGGUCGAAGCGUUCCACAACAAGGCCAAUGCCAAGUUCUCGAUCGCUAAGGAUUGCGAUGCGAUGGACACGCCGGACAUUGUUCCGAUUGCCGUCGGAAUUUCGUUGAUUUUGCUCAUCGUGAUCGUUCUGAUUGCUUACCUGGCCGGUCGUCGUAGCACCCGAUCUCGAGGUUAUGUGAGCAUGUAAAUCUUUCCGGUCAACGCUAUCCUGCUCGACUGUCAAUCUUAAGCUGCUAAAAUUGAUGCCAUCUCGCCGUUUUCUUUCUUUAGUCCUUUUGUUUUGAAAGCAAUCGCUCGUUAACAUCGGCGAAAAAUUAACGUCUUUCUGCAGAAGAAAUGUUAUGAAAUGAAAUGAAUUCGUUUUUUUUUUCUCUAUGGUUAAAUUCUAUAACAAGCAGCAAACACGUCCGGUGUUACAGCAUUCUCCAAUAUCCAGGAUAGUUAGUUGUAUUGAAAUCUUAUUCUACCGCAGUACGAAGAGAGAACAUUAUUCUUGCAUUAAACACAACAUUCUAAUGUUUCACUUUCGAGUUCCAUUGCAUCAAGAGAAAAACUACAAACCAAAAAAAAAAGAAUUAAGUAUAGGUAAAACGAAUGACAGAAGGAUUGAGGGUUUAGGAACAAAAAAAAAAUACAAUUAGAACGACAAACCAAUAAAAAUCUGUUUAUAAAAUACUUUCCUGUAGUUGAAUAGUGUAAUUUUUAUGAUCAAUAAAGAGCAACAAAAAGUCUA